AUGUACACGAAAUCGGACGCGCUGAAGGAGGCUAAGGAUCUCACUAAGAACCUGGUGGGAGGUGAUUUCGAGCGCCAGUACGGUAAGGCGGAGAAGGGCGGCAGCGGCCGGAGGAAGUGCGUCCUGGUGGGAGUAUCCAUCGGCGUGCUGGCCGUCUGGCUCUUGGUGAUAACGCUCGUGAGGGAGGUCCAACUCACCCGCCUCCGCGCCGAAGUGGACCAGCUCACGGCGAACAUGAUCGCGAUGUCCGCCAACGUGAUGUCCCUCAAUCAGAAGCUCUCCAACAACCGGCUCCUGAACGAAUUCAAAAACUUGGAGGACACGAUAUACGCUGAUGAGGACCAAGACGGUAACCUGGUUGAGGAUAUAACCGUCGCAGCGGACAGAAGUAUUGUCGAUGAUGCCAAGGGCACAGGCAAGGACAAGCCGAGCUACCCAUCUCUGAACAAGCUUCAUGGUCUCACCGUGCUUGAGGAUGACGCCCAGAUGGCGGACGACGAAGACAUGUACGAGGGGGACGAAGACGCCGAAAGCGGUGACUGGUAUCCUGAUUACUACAAGCAAGGGCCAAAGAUCGGCACCACGAAUAUGGUGCACUUGAGGCCCGAAGACUUUACCGACACGGUGGUGCCAAUAGACAAGGAGAAGCAGAUCCCCAUACCGAAUAUCAAGGAGAUCAAGAAACUGCUCAACGAGAACCCAGAGAUAUCCGACAUCGAUAUACCAACGAUGCCCGUGCCAACGAAGGCCCGCGACGAAGAGCGGUCGCGGGUGAAGCGCAGCGUGUUCCCCGACACGCCGCUGGAGGCGGUCGGCGAGCUAGCCGUCUCCAAGGCGCUGUCCAAAGCGGAAGACAGGCGCAAAACCAAAAAAUUCCACUCGAGCACUGAUCCAUCGACAGCUGCGAAGAUGACACUGCAUACCGUCACAAGAACCGCCAGGAAUAGCGAUGACGAGGCAAACCCGCAGCGGAGGCCCUUCAUUGCUGCACAUUUUCAUGGCAACACGUCGCAUUUGAACACCGUGAGCCACGGCUUCUUCAAGGGUAACGGGCUGGUGCGCGUGGCCCACGACGCGCCCCACGACGUGUGGUACCCGGCGCCAUGGACCCUCGCCUCGCCCCACCCCAGGCCGACCCUCACUCGUACCGGCCACGUCCACGUCCACCACACCGGCGUCUACCUCGUCUACGUGCAGAUUUACUACCUGGACAGCCACGACGUGAUAUCGUGGGUGUUGCACCGGACGAAUGCCGAUAUUGAGGGUCGGGAGACGUUGCUGCAGUGUGCGCAGUCGUCGCACUCAGCUGAACCACUAGAGAAGCCCAACUCUUGCUUUUCUGCGGCCGCCCUCUUCCUGCGCGCCGGCGACAGGCUCGCCGUCAGGAACACCGGCGGUGACAGACACUCGCUUAUGCAGCCCGAGAAGAGCUUCAUAGGUCUUGUUAAACUGGCCGACGCCGAAGAGCCAAACCAAGAGCUC